GACGGUCGGGGCGGGGCAGGGUGCGGUGCCCCCGGUCUCUGGCGCGCGCCCCGUGCCCGGAGGGAGCCAUCCCGGUGCGGGGCCGUGUCCCGCCCGUCCCACUGCACCUGCUCUCCAUCCCUGCUUCUCCUCCUUUGUCUCGGCCGAAACGGUGAAGGGAGGCAGUGAGAAAACAUCGUAGCCCGAUGUCUGUCCCUCCUGCCUGCCAGCUAAUCCCCGCUCUGGAGAGUAGGCGAGGCGUGUCCUGCCGUGGUGUUGUGACAGCUAUUUCUACAAAUGCUUUAAUGGAACAGUUGUGUUUAAAAUACCAGCAAAGGCCAUGGACUGAAACGCUGAGACUUGUUUAUUUUUGCAUGGAUAACCCCCUGCGAAGGCCUGUUAGCCAUGCUCCAGACAGUCCAUUACUUUCUUGCAUGGAGAAGAUAGAGAGGACAUUACAUGCUAAAUCCAUGUUUUCUGUGAUGAAUGCAUUGGAAUCUUUAUCCAGACAAAAAGGACUUAAUGUUCAUGUUAGUCCCAGUGGGACUUCCUGCUACAUAACAUCAACGAUGUUUUAUUUAGAAGCUCAGCUGGGAAAGGAUGGAAAUGUGAUGGAUGUAAAGUUGGCUCACUUUGGAGAAGCUCCUAUGGUUUGUGACGACUUGGUGCAGCUUCUAAGGAUGAAGAACUAUGAUGCCUUUGGAAAGAUUUUAGAAGACCUGUCAAAUAUGUAUCAAAUUCCAGGAAACAGUGAAAUAAAAGCUAAGGGAUAUCUUGCUUUGAAGGCCCUUGAAAAAGACCUUUAUUCAAUGUCUCUUCUGGACAGAACACAAGAUGUAAACAGAGUUACUGAAAUACUUCAUGGCAAAGUAGGACACCUGGUGCCAAGAACUGGAGGAACUCCUAUGAACAUUGAAUUUUACAUUUCUCCCUAUCAAAUUUUGGAAGCAGAACUAAAUCCUGGUUCCCAGGUUUGUGGAACAAAAACAGUUGUAACUGUUGAAGGCAGUGAUAUGCUCCACAAACUUCCUCUUUCUCCACUGAUUGUAGAUCCUCAAUCUGGAGAGGACAGCAACCCUGCUUUUUUGCAACUGACUGAUGAACUCACCAUGGAUUUGCCAGCUCUUUUUGUGCUGAAGUUUCAUCAGCCUGUUCCUAUGUCCUCAUCCAGUAUUGAAGAUAUACAGAGGCUCACAGGAAUUCAGAUUUCUGGCUUGAAACUAGCUCCGCUGUAUGAGCUAAUUGUUCAGUCUGCUCUAAAAGAAAAACGCAGUGAAGGCUUGUCUACAAAUGAAUCUUGUUUCUUUGUGUCUCUUCCAGAUUGCCCAAAGCACUGUUACUUCAUAAACAAAGACUCAGAAAAAUCAGAUUUAGCAGGAGCCUUGGUCAGUAAAAUCCCAUUUAGCCAUCCAAAGUGUGUGCCUGGUGUAAUAGAGAUUCUUCGACAUCAAGUGGCAUAUAACACUCUUAUUAGCAGCUGUGUCUCUGACAAGCAUAUAAAUGAAGAUGAUUCAGAACUGCUUUACUUUGAAGUGGUACCACACAGGAACACCAGCUUUUGUGUCUUUUUCCUUCAUCCUGUGGAAGAGAAUUUAGCCUGUGUGAUAAUUGAUGUUAUAACCUCCAGAGAAGUCCACUGUCACGUUCAGUUAAAUCCUCAAGAUCCAGCUCUAAAUUGCAGUGAUGAUUUCAUAGCAAGAGCUGUGAAGCGAACUCCAGGGAGCCAAGGGCUGUGGGAAAGCAACUUUCAUAAAAUACAUUUUUCAUUAGAAGAAUGAAUCAACCCAAGAACUACACAGACCACAAUGCCCAAUUGUGGUUGCACGUGGAGUCUCACAUCUUACAAUCUGACUGAUGAAUAUCUCUAGUUAAACCCCCAAAUUAGCACUGUUCAGCUGUGUUGGCCCUACAUUUACUAGGGGUAUACCUAGACAUACAAAGCAAACAGCUUGCAUCACAAUUCAGCACUGCCUUUUACAAAUGCAUAUGCUUGUGCACAGGGAUCCAGCAUCUUUUGGUAAAACAGUACUUUGCUGUGAUGACUUCUAAGAAGAGUUUCUGUAAAUUCCUGCUACAUUUUCCUGAUGUUUAGAAGAAACUAAGCCACAAUAACUUUUAAGCAGCCACUCUUACUUUUCCCUUUAAGUCAUCCAUAUGUAUAUUGAGGUAUGUACCAGUAAAUCUAAAAUGGCUAAAAGACCAUGAAAUCAUUUUUAUAGAAAUACCUU